UGUAGAGAUGACAUCACCUAGUUGGGAGGGCACACUGUUGUUUUUUGUAGGGAUGCCAAAAGUUAAAAUUAAAAACAUUAGGUCACUAGUUUGACUUUAGAUCACCAGCUGUCGUUUAGCUUUUUAUAACCGUGACUUAGACGUUAUGUGGUUAACUUUACUGAUGUUUUCGUGUUGUAUUACUUGCAACGGGGAAAGUAUAAAGUUCGCGAUUCACCCUUUGAAUUCUAACCAUAAAGAUUCACCCUUAAAAGCCCAAACAAAAGGUGCGCACUGAGAAAUUCUGUACAACAAUAAAAUAUCUGUAUAUAAUAAUAAUAAUAAUAUUAUUAUCAUGCAACCAUGUGUCCUGUAAAACAUUUUAUUUUCUGUGGUAUGAGUUUAAUCGAUUUUUUGGGGGCUUUUUGGAUUACAUUUUCAGAGAACUGAAUAAACUAUGAUUAUGAUGAAAUACUAUUAUAAUAUGCCCAAUAAGGCCUAAAAUGAUCUUUGUCAAAACGUAUGUUCGUACGUAGUUUACGUACGUAAAUCAUAAUGUGAGAAUGCAACACCUAACCAACCCACCAGUGUUACAGCCAUUACAAACCUAUUAUCUGCAGCCAAAGAUUCAAACCCACAACAAUGUUUAUUAUAUAUUGCAUAUAUUUACUUCCAAUUUGUAUCCACAAGAAUUUUCCUGCUUUUACCAGAUUAAACUGUAUUAUCCUAUUCCUUAGUAGUAGUUCUGUUAUCAACCAAUGUGUAUGAGAAAUCUAAAAUAUUUGUAUUUUAUGGGUUGGUGCCUAUUGACAGCUUGGUUGGAAUAUUUCAGUCAUUGUAAACAUCAUAUAAUUUCAAUGAAGGAAUGAAACAAGGUGACACAGAAUGUAUGUGAUAUUUAGGUAUUAUUUUAAAGCUACUUAAGAUGUGAAAAGGUAAAACUGGAUGUUAAGGGGUUAACUUAUCAUAGACCUUCACCACAAAUUCUUUAAUGACAACACCUUGGACAAAUUGGGCAUCUACAACUGCUUUAAAACCUGUUAUUCACACAUGCUGGAGACAGUAAUAAUUCUUUGUCCUGUUUUCUGCCACUUGCCUUUAAUAUGUCAGAGCAAACACACCUGUUUUGUUUUUCCCCUCCCUGCAGUGACAUCAGCCCACUCACCUAUAAAAUAGACUGGGGUUAGACUGCUCACGGGUGUUUUCAUCAGUAGAAGUGUCAUGGAUCAGAAAAGAUUUGGCAUCCUACUCAGAACUAUUGUUUUGCAGUGUUUUAUCACAAGGAAUGUGCUUUCAGUUCAGAAAAGAGAAUGGAUUGGUACCCAGGCAGCAAAAGUAACAGAAGGAGAUGUGGCUUGUUUUUCUGAAUACAUGGAGAUGUGGAUCCACAGUGCACGGAUUGAAGGGUUGGGAGUCUGGCUGUCUGGGGCCUUACGGAUCCAAGUCAACCUUGCAUCUCUGGAUCACCUAAACCUCCAGCUGUCUGCCUGUGGAUUCUCUCUGUACAAAGACCCUGAUAAGAACUUUAUUUUUAGAGUCAGUUACACUGGAUGUUUGGUCCAGGAACAGAGCGGCUACCAUGUCCUGACCCUGAAUUUGGUGAAGAGGAUAAACCGAUUUGGAGGCAGACCUCACAGUUUCAUGAUGAAGUGUCCCUUUGUUUCUGUGCUGCCCAGCAGAGAGCAACUCCAGUGUGACCCAGAGUAUAUUCAGGUGACCAGACAAGUUCCCUAUGACAACUGGCAUAAUGAGCUGCAUUGGUCUCUGUCUCUGAGUGAUCACCUCAUUGUAGCUCUGGAUGAUGCCAGCCUGAUCCAGAUGACCAUUGACAUGACUGGAGCUGACAUUACAGUUCAAGGCAGGAGGAGGGAGGUUAUGAGCCCUGUCAAAGUAAUGGAAAAUGAAGGGGAAUUCUUGGCCUUAAAGCUGGUUAGUGGACAGUUUGCCUACAGUAUGGAAGCCACAUGUCCAAAAGUGACCACGUCCACAGCAGAGGAGACUGUGCUGCACAUUUUCAAACGACACAUGGGUUUGACCAAGCGGGGCAGCUACGACAGUGAAGCACUGACAGUCAGUAAUGUGUCGGUGAAGCAGACAGAUAAUUUCACUGUGAAUGAGACGAGUGAAUUUGUGACACUGACCAUUCCUACAGCCCGAAUACUCCAGACCAAGGCCUGCGCAGACAGCAAACAACUCCUGCAGCCGUUCUACAGGGUGGAUGUUGUGCUCACCUUCAAAGAGACAAAUCACAAAAUGCACUGGACCAUGGAGAACACACUGCCAUGCACAGCCAGGGCUGCUGAGUCACACAUCACACUCUCUGCUGGUCCAAACACCACAUGGCUGUCCACGCUCAACUUUAAACGUGAGAAUUUCACUACCCUGGACCACUCCACCAUCCCUGUAGGGAAGCUGAACGAGAGCGGUCCUUUGGAAGAGAUGAGAGCAGAGUUUUCCACAACAUUAUCACCUCACACACAGAUGGAGGGCCGCAGUUUUAAUCUCCACACUGAUGUGACGUCUAAGAGUCAAAGUGGACAUUCAUCUUCCAGGUUUAAUGGUGACAAUAUUACUUCCAUUAAUGCGAAUGGAACAAGAUUUUUGGAUUUUCACAAUGCAACCGCAAAUAUUUCAGCAGAGCCAGUUUUCCUUGACUCAUCAACGGUUCCACCGGAACAAAAAUACCAACAAUUACACACAACCAGUGGGAAUAAAGAGCAGCAGGAACAGGGUAAACCAAAGUGGAUUUGGGAGGAGUAGAAACUGGACAAAAUCUGUGAAAUCUGUGAUUAUUAAAUGUAAUUUUCUUAGUUUUAUGUACUCACACAGACUUGACACUUACUUUAAAGCCUUUUGAUUUGCUUCUUUUGUUUUAAUUCUCACUGGUGUCAUGUGUUACAGCUACGUCUGUUUGCAGUCUUUAAAGGUGAUGCUGUGGUCAGUCAGUGCUGUGAAGGUUGAUUAUACAAGCAGAAAUACAACCAGACCUCUGCCAGCCGUUGCCUGAGGCUGGACAUUAUCCAGACGCAGACAAGGCAGGCGUUAAAUAAACAUGUCUCUAUUCGGGCAGCACAACAGGCUGACGUAGAGAAGACCAAGCAGUUGUUAAACCUGAUGCCAUCUCCAGGAGCAGCCUUGCGUUAUAUAAAAACUCAUAAUAAAGACUCGAUUUUCAA